AUGUCUGUUCUCUUCCUCUUGUGCAACCUUUCCUUGGCUUCAGCGGCUGCUUCCAAGAGUAAAGUUAAAGGCAGCCAAGGGCAGUUUCCACUAACACAGAAUGUCACGGUUGUUGAAGGCGGAACUGCAAUUUUGACCUGCAGGGUUGAUCAAAAUGAUAACACCUCCCUCCAGUGGUCAAAUCCAGCUCAACAGACUCUGUACUUUGAUGACAAGAAAGCUUUAAGAGACAAUAGGAUCGAGCUAGUCCGUGCUUCCUGGCAUGAGUUGAGUAUCAGCGUCAGUGAUGUGUCUCUCUCGGAUGAAGGACAGUACACCUGUUCUUUGUUUACAAUGCCUGUCAAAACGUCCAAGGCCUAUCUCACUGUUCUGGGUGUUCCUGAGAAGCCUCAAAUUAGUGGAUUUUCAUCACCAGUCAUGGAGGGAGACUUGAUGCAGCUGACUUGUAAAACAUCUGGUAGUAAACCUGCAGCUGAUAUAAGAUGGUUCAAAAACGACAAAGAGAUUAAAGGUAAAACAUGAAAAACAGUCCCCAGAUCAAAAUUAAUAUUGCUAUUAUUAAUAUUUGCUAAAACCAAAGGACAUGGUAGCCAAAAGGCAUUUAACUUUUUUUUCAAACCACAGUAUCUCUUUCUGAUGAGGUAUAAUGUGAACCCGAUUUACCCAGUUCUUAAGUCAGGCAGUUUUAUAAGAUAUAUUAAUAUAUUGCUGGU